GUAGCUCAAAACAUGUCGUGCAUCGCGUUGUCGCGUCAUGGAACAAGCUUAAAUACGUUUCAUUUGCCUUUUUUGCGAGUGACAGUUAGUUUUUUUAAAAGUACAAAUGCUUUUUAUCAACUGAUAUCAUUCAGUUGUAACAGAGCAUUGAUAAAAUAUCAGAAAAUUAAAAACGCCAGGUGACAGAAUACGAUGCGAUGCGAUAGUGGGGACGAAGUGUGGCGGCAGCACUGUACGCUAAACGGAGCAGCGAAGUAGAGGGAGGGAAAGUAAGAAAGAUAUACAAUUGUAGAGUGAAAGAGACAGAGUAAUGAGAGUGAGAUCAAACCAUAUUGCGAACGCCGCGGUGCGAGAAAGACCGAAAUUUCGCUCAGCAGUACACGGCAGUUGGCGUUUGUCCGUGGAAACAGGAUAGUAGUCCAUUGGAGGAAGAAGGAGAAAGCAUCGGAGAAGGAGGGCAGACUCGCGAGGGAGAGGCGACGAGUUUGUUAUCGCCUUGGUGAACGGCGAGAGCAGUCAGUGCGGUGCUACACUUGGUCUGUAGUGGUCGGAACGAUCGGUAGUUCGGUUCGAAAGUUCGGCCUCGUUCUUCUGACAAUUUGUUCCGAAUAGUGCGUGGGUGCCGUCGUGUUUUUCUAUCGCGCACAUGUCAACGUCUAUUUAACCUCGUCGUAGACCUCGUGCCGGAAGAACAUGCCGCGAACCACUGCCAAAACAUAGUCGUUCUGUGUAUGUAUCGUGUGCCAAAGUCGGUGACAUUUGUGUCGUAGACGCAAGAUCGCUGGAAUUUCACUAUACAACGUGGAAACCUGUAACACCGUGUGCUUACAGCUUAAACAGACAAGAUUCCCCUUCUCCAGCUGAUCGCAAAAGAGAUCGUGAAAUCGUUUCCGCGAGUGUCGUGUCGCGUAUCGCGAGCGAUCUCGUCACCGUAUCUCCCUCAUCAAUCGUCUUAUUCUCUUUUCACUCCUCCUCCUUCGUGUCGUUCGGAUGCGUCGUAACGUUUACGAUGGUACACGGAAAUUAGAUGAAGAUUCGCGAUUCCCGCCGGUUUUCACGGGAACAUUAACCUUCGAUUUCGUGUUUUCCCCGUCGUACCACGUCUACGACGUUUGAAAAUUCGUUUCGGUCGUGAAUCUCGGAUUGAACGGGUGGAAAAAUUACGCGUAACGAUAUUUUGGAAGAUAGUAUCUCGUCCGUUUGGAAAUCGACGAGAUGAUCGUUCAAGCGGAUUCGUUGUGCGUGUUACUAGUGAUGUUGAUCGGUGCUCUGUUGGUAAAGUCGGAACCUGGGCCACGGCCGCGAUCAACGCCGAUCUUCACCAAUCAGUUCGCAGUCCACGUGCCAGAUGGACCGGACGCUGCCGCGGAGAUCGCUGCCAAAUACGGAUUCGACAAUUAUGGACAGAUUGGAGCGCUGAAGGAAUACUUCCUGUUCGCUGACAAACGACUUCACAAGAGAUCCCUCUCGAGCAGCGAGUCGCAUCACAAGACGCUGAGGGACGAGCCGAGGGUACGAUGGUUCCAACAGCAGCACGAGAAGAAACGCAAAAAGAGGGAUUUUAUGCCCUCGUCGUUCUCGUUCGAUUAUCCGACGUUUUUCGACGAGUUCGGCCCACGUCCUAGGCAGACCACGUACCAUCGGCAAAGGAACAGAGGUGUGCCUCUUCAAAACCUGUUCACGGAUCCUCUCUUUAAGGAACAGUGGUACCUGAAUGGUGGAGCCAAAGAUGGCUACGACAUGAAUCUUGGCCCGGCGUGGCAGAAAGGUUACACCGGUAAAAGUGUCGUCGUCUCGAUCCUCGACGACGGAAUACAGACGAAUCAUCCGGAUUUGGCGUUGAAUUACGAUCACCAAGCCAGCACAGACAUCAACGACAAUGACAAUGACCCGAUGCCAAGGGAUAAUGGCGACAACAAGCACGGAACUCGCUGCGCCGGUGAGGUCGCUGCCGUUGCUUUCAACCAGUAUUGCGGCGUUGGAGUCGCGUACAAUGCCAGUAUAGGAGGCGUUCGAAUGCUCGAUGGCCCGGUUAACGACGCCGUCGAAGCCAGGGCGUUGGGAUUGAAUCCUGACCACAUCGACAUAUACAGCGCUUCUUGGGGCCCGGAGGACGAUGGCAAGACGGUCGACGGUCCUGGGCCUCUUGCCAGGAGGGCGUUUAUCUACGGUGUAACUAGCGGGCGCAAAGGCAAGGGUUCCAUCUUCGUGUGGGCGUCGGGCAACGGUGGCCGCCACACGGACUCUUGCAACUGCGACGGUUACACGAACAGCAUCUUCACCCUUUCCAUAUCGAGCGCCACCCAAGGCGGCUACAAGCCGUGGUACCUGGAGGAGUGCAGCUCGACCCUCGCCUCCACGUACUCGUCCGGGACGCCUGGCAACGACAAAAGCGUGGCCACCGUGGACAUGGACGCGAAGCUCAGGCCUGACCAUAUCUGCACGGUGGAGCACACGGGCACCUCGGCCUCGGCGCCCCUCGCCGCCGGUAUCGCGGCCCUGGCCCUCGAGGCAAACCCGAGCCUCACCUGGAGGGACAUGCAGUACCUGGUGGUGCUCACCUCGAGGUCGACCCCCCUCGAGAAGGAGUCGGGCUGGAUCUUGAACGGGGUGAAGCGGAAGGUCUCCCACAAAUUCGGUUACGGCCUGAUGGACGCCGGCGCCAUGGUGAACCUGGCCGAGCAGUGGACCAACGUGCCUCCCCAACACAUCUGCAAGUCCGAUGAGAUCAACGAGGAGAGGCGCAUCGACCCGACCUACGGUUACACGCUCAGCGUGUACAUGGACGUCAGCGGUUGCGCCGGAUCCGUGAACGAGGUCCGCUUCCUCGAGCAUGUGCAGUGCAAGGUAUCCUUAAGGUUCUUCCCACGUGGAAAUUUAAGGCUAUUGCUCACCUCCCCGAUGGGUACCACGUCGACCUUGUUGUUCGAGAGGCCACGAGACGUUCUCAGCUCGAGUUUCGACGACUGGCCCUUCCUCAGCGUCCACUUCUGGGGCGAGAAAGCGGAUGGCCGAUGGACGUUGCAGGUCAAUAACGCAGGAAAUCGUCACGUUAACUCCCCAGGGAUCCUAAAGAAGUGGCAGUUGAUCUUCUACGGGACAGCGACCAACCCGAUCAGGAUUAGAACCCGUCAAUUUAACCCGGUACAUUCUUCGUACGCCUCCGUGCAUUAUCCAUACCCUGUUGACGAUGAUCAGCUGGCGUUGGGUCAUCGCGGCGACGUCGACUUCUUUCCUUCGUCUACCUUUCAGGGUUACCAAGGAUACCCGUACGUAGGGGCCGCGUCCAACGUGCAGGCGUCGGUGGCCACGCUGGACGGCUCCUCGGCACCGAUCCUCACCAACCGGCUGCCCGGCGACACGUCCCCCUCCUUCGACUCGCCCUCGUCCUCCUCCCAAGUCGGCGACGACUCGCUCGACACAACGAGAAAGAUACUUCACGACUGUGACCCCCAAUGCGACCCUCAGGGUUGCUACGGGAAAGGGCCUACCCAGUGCAUCGCCUGCAAGAACUAUCGGUUGGACAACACUUGCGUGAGUCAAUGUCCGCCGAGAAGCUUCCCAAAUCAGGGUGGAGUCUGUUGGCCUUGUCACGAAUCCUGUGAGAUCUGUGCCGGUGCUGGCCAGGACUCUUGUCUCUCCUGCGCACCUGCUCAUCUAAGGGUUACCGAUCUCGCGGUGUGCCUGCAGCAAUGCCCGGAAGGAUAUUACGAAAACACGGAGAACAGUACGUGCGUACCAUGCGAGGCGAACUGCGCAAGUUGCCAGGACAGACCGGACAAAUGCACCAGUUGCGAGCAUCACCUGGUCAUGUAUGAAAACAAGUGUUACGCGGCCUGUCCCCUGUACACAUACGAGACACAAGAUUACAAUUGCGCGCCUUGUCAUUCCACGUGCGAGACUUGCAACGGAACCGCCGAGAACCAAUGCAUCUCCUGUCGACCCGGAUUGUUUUCUCUCAACGGCGCCUGUCGAGCGUCUUGUCCGAUCGGAUACGGCGCGGACAAGAAGCGGCGUGAAUGCGUGCCCUGCCCACCAGGAUGCGCCACCUGCGACAUGUCGACGUGCAGGAGCUGCGACGACGGGUGGAGUUUGAACGAGGAAGGCCUCUGCGCCCCCGAACACCGCGAUCGUUGCAAAACGACCGAGUUCUACGAGAACGGCCACUGCAAACAGUGCCACGCGUCCUGCAAAACGUGCGCCGGCCCCGGAGAGAACAAUUGCAUCUCCUGUCAAAAACCUUUACUCCUCCAAGCGAAACGGUGCGUGUACCAGUGCGACGACGGUUAUUACUCGAUGGCCCAACCUUCCGGACCCGUCUGCGUCCCUUGUUUGCACACCUGCAAAACCUGCGUCUCUCGACUCAACUGCACCGCGUGCCAAGACGGAUUGCAAUUGCAGAGCGGAGAGUGCAGGUCCUCUUGCGCGCAGGGGUAUUACAGCGAUCGAGGUCAGUGCGCGAAAUGUUAUCUGGCGUGCAAAACGUGUUCCGGGCCCAGAAGGGAUCAAUGCGUGACUUGUCCCGGUGGUUGGCAAUUGGCGGCGGGCGAAUGUCACCCGGAGUGUCCCGAAGGAUUCUUCAAGUCCAACUUCGGCUGCCAGAAGUGUCACCAUUACUGUCGCACGUGCAAAGGCGAGGGGCCGAAGGAAUGCACGUCUUGCCCACCCCACUCGAUGCUCGAGGACGGUUUGUGCAAGGAAUGCCUCGGUGCGCAGUACUACGAUUCUCUGACGCGGUUGUGCAAGAAUUGCCACCCGGAUUGUCGAAGGUGCACCGGUUCCGGGAAAUUCAGUUGCGCCGCUUGCUCGCCCCCCCUGCACCUGGACAAAUUGAACAACCAGUGCGUGCCUUGUUGCACGGGUAACGAGAAGGGUGGCCAGGCCGAGGAGUGUUGCCUCUGCGACCCGGAAACCGGUGGGUGCAGGAACAGCUCGCCGGCAGGCAAGAGGAGGGUGCCGGGGACCGAGUUCGCCUCGGCCGACACCGCCAUCUCCGAAGUGUACACCAGCUUCGAAGGGGCAACGACCGAUAGGAACGACUCGGUCUCCCUGGCGAUUACGGCGACCACGACCAUCGCCGUCGCCAUCUGCCUCAUAUCUGUUGCCUUGUUCGCCACUAUAUUCAUCGUACUUCAGGCGAUAUCGGGAAGAAGGGAAAGGAAAAACAAGGGUUACACGCAGUUGUCCGUGAGGGUGGAACCUCCGGACGAUGUUUACGCGGACGACACGCCAGAGCUGAUGACCUAGACACUUGGCAAAGUUUUAGCUUAUACCACCGGACCUAACCAUCGAUGUGUUCGACGACCACGGGACACGGUCUCGAAACCGCAGACAGACCCGAUCGCGUGUUUCGUUCGGUUCUUAUUCUUAUAGAAACGCGUGAUGUGACGAUCGAGAUCGGGUGUACGAGCUGUAGCCGUGCUUCAAGUCCGUUCAAAGUGGUCCGGGACGAUGAAACAAGUAACGAGCAAGUAACGAGGAAAAAAAAAAAAAAACACAACAAAAG